AUGAUCGCAUCCAUAGAAACCUCCGACUUCGUGCCUGUAUCGGACUGGCCUACCCUGGAAGAGCUCGUAGCGGGCUUCCAGGAGCACAUUAUGCCCGCGUCUUCAAAACUUGCCGGACAGACAUUCGAUCACAUUUUUGACAUGGGCCUCCGUAUCUCACACCAGUUCCACGAUUCAGACACGCUCACUUGGAGAAUUCUCGAAGGAGACCAAGCCGGCGUCACGGGUGAUGCCGAGUACAAAGCAUAUGAAGUCCGAAGCGGCAUCUACUUUGUCGACUUCUACAAACCCGACUAUAAGGAACAAGUCAGCUUGAUUCUCGACACUACGACAGGUCAGGCGAUCGCCUGCGUCUCCGGCUUCAGUGACCAAACCAACGAGCGCAGAACAUGGACCAAGUUUUCAAACGCCACCAAGAACGAGGGCACUAACGUCAAAGCCUACGAAGCUACCGAGGAGCUCAUCGGCAAGCACAUUCUGUAUCGCUACACCCCUCGCGAUGCUUACGAGCACAUCUAUCUCAACAGAGACACCCUCGCGUGGCACUGCCUCAGCGGCACCGAGAAGGGCCUAGCAGACGCAGAGCUUUGCAAGAUGCUGAAGCUCAGUGACAGCCUGUACCUGUUGUUUUGGACGGAAACGGUCAUGCCCGUUGAGUCUGUGGUCGUUGUUGAUUUGCGCGAAAUGCGCUCAACCGGGCGAUUUUUCUGUUGGGACCCCAAGCCCCAGCGUGAGGUCCAUGUGCGAUUUGGGUCGUAUGCUACAAUUCUAGCAGAGACUGACCCCAACAAGGUUCUUGCUAAGCCAGUCUUGCAUGGAAGGCUGUGA